GAGAGCAUCGAAAAACUUCCGAGCCGGGUGCGCACCACACGCCAGCUCAAUACGAUCGUGACCGUCGAGUGUGCCGGAAGACGGACCGCUCCCGAACAAGACAAGUGUCUUCUUGCCCCUUUUGUUUUUGUUUUUGUUUUUUUUUUUGGUCAUCCAAUAGACAAUACUGUUAUUCUGUCCCACCGCGAACCUGCUGGUGUCCGUUGUCGUUGGUCGUUCACAGCAGGUUGAAAGUUGCCAACUCGAAAGCGUGCCGCUCGUGGGUGUGCUGUGGUGCAUCCAUUGUGACGUUGAGAAAGCGCAAACCGGGGGGGAAAAAAAACCGAGUGUGUAAUCAGUGCCGGUGGUGCAGAUAGGGCGCGCACACCCAGAUCGUGUAACUUCGCAGGUCAAAGCUCCCUACACUUUUCCACUGUACUGUAGAAAAACCAAAAACAACACACAAAAAAAACGAACAUGUCGCCACUCGGGUUCAACGAUCCGCUGUCGGCGGUAGCAUCCGUAGUCACGGGAGUUGCGAUCGUACUGUCACUAAUCAAAUACUACCUCUACCUCACCUGCGGGCACUUUACCUCAUCUCGAAAGAUGGAGGGUAAGACGGUCAUCAUUACCGGCGCAAACUCGGGCAUUGGCAAGGAAACUGCCCGCGAUUUGGCUAAACGAGGCGCCCGCGUCAUUAUGGCGUGCCGGAACAUGGAGACGGCCAAGCAGGCGCAAGAUGAGAUAGUGAAGGAAACGGGCAACCAGAACGUAACCGUGCUGAAGCUUGACCUCAGCUCCCAGGCCUCCGUGCGCGAGUUUGCCGCGGAGGUGCUGCGCACGGAGCGCAAGCUGGACGUGCUGGUCCACAAUGCCGGGUUUGCGGAGACGUUCCGCAAGACGCAAUCGGUGGACGGUAUCGAGUUCACGAUGGCCACCAACCACUACGGCCCGUUUCUGCUGACCCAUCUGCUGAUCGAUCUGCUCAAGCGCUCCGCACCGAGCCGCAUCGUCGUGGUGGCGUCCGAGCUGUACCGCUUCGCCUCGGUCAACCUGAACAACCUGAACCCGGUCGGCAGCCUGCCAGCCUACCUGUACUACGUGUCCAAGUGUGCGAACAUUAUGUUCACCCGGGAGCUGGCCCGCCGGCUCGAGGGCACGUCCGUGACGGCCAACUGUCUGCAUCCGGGGAUGAUCGAUUCCGGCAUCUGGCGCAACGUGCCGUUCCCGCUGACGCUGCCGAUGCGCGUCAUCAAGAGCUUCUUCAAGACGAACGUGGAGGGCGCGCAAACGUCACUGUAUCUGGCCUGCUCGGAGGCGGUGCAGGGCGUCAGCGGCAAGUACUUCAUGGACUGCAAGGAGGCGAGCCUGAGCGCGGGCAUCAGCGACAUGGAGAAGGCGCGCAAGCUGUGGGACGAGUCGGCGAAAAUUGUCAAGCUGACGGAGAGCGAUCCUAAAAUCUAACUCCUCUAGUAGCUCCAGGGUGACAUGCCCCUGAUUUGUGUUCCAGAUAUCUCUAGACAGGGGGAGAGAGAGAGAGAGACAGAGAUAGUAUUGUUGUUUUCCAUCCAUUUUCUUUUUUAUAAUUUAGCAUUUAACGUUCAAGCGAGUCCAAGAAGUAUUGGGUAAAUAAAAUUUGUUGAUCCGUCCGUUUAGCGGUUCCAUCCUCCACAAGUCAAUGAACCUGAGAUAGGCGUUCCAUCCGUUUUUUUUGCAGAGCGGAACGAACCCCCUGAGAUAAUGUGUGCGUUUUUUUCUGCUGUGCUGUGUUUGUGUUUGCUCUUACCUCAAUUGUCAAUUUUUGCAUUACUUCGCUUCAUUUGUUCGUGUGGUGCUGAGGGCGCGUUUGCUUCGUUUACGCUUCGUUGACGCUUUUUUUUCUUCUUUUAAAGGUUUUGUUUUGUUUUUCAUUUCA